AUGAAUAACAACAACAAGAAUAGUAAUAAUAACAAUACCAAUCCAAAUGAUCAAGAUUCUAUUAAUCUGAAUAGGAAUCGAUACAACAAUGACAGUAUAUUAGAUUUGAAUUCUUAUAACCAACAACAACAUCAAUACUUGAUCAACUCGAUCAUUUCAACUUUAGAAGCACCUGAACAAUUUACAAACGUUUCCAAAUUUUACUCAAAUGAUAAAAAUGUAGCUGGUGAAGUUCAAGCUUAUGCAAAAAUUUCUGGUACUAAUUGGACUUAUUACGUAAAAGAUUUAGAAAUUACAAUCGGUAGAAACACAUCAGAUCAUAAUGGUGGCCCAGAGGUUAUGCCAAAUCAUAGUAAUGAUAAUAAUAGUGUCAACAUAGAUUUGGGUCCUGCUAAAGUCGUUUCAAGAAAACAUGCAAUGAUAAAAUUUAACAUGCAAUUGGGUGGUUGGGAAUUAUAUUUAUUUGGUAGAAAUGGUGCAAAGAUAAACUUUAAAAGAGUUACUGUAAAUAAUUCACCAAUCCAAUUAGCUUCUGGAACUAUUCUAGAUAUCGGUGGUACCCAAAUGAUGUUCAUUUUACCUGGUCAGGAUUCUCUAAUUUUAUCUUCUGUGGUUUCCCAUCUGUUACCCCAAUUAUCGUUGUUAUAUGAUAACUCAAACUCCUCAAGUGGUAAACUAUUAAACGAUUUAAUUAAAAAUUCAGACUAUUACAAACAGAAUACAAAUAAUAUACAAAAUGUUAUUAAGCAAAAUGAAACAUAUCAAAAUUCUAUAUCUAGUAAUCAAGUUAGAACAUUCAAAAUGUAUGGCAAUAAUCCAUCAUCUGCAUCAUCUUCAAUUUCAAACCCUGCAUCUUUUUAUAGCAAUAGCAAUAGCCAUAAUCCAAGUUUAUCAAAUGGCAGUUCAAAUUCUAGUAACCCGUUAUUAAUGCUAUCUCCUGAUUCAUCUUCAAAUAAUACCGCCCAACAACAUAAUCAACCAAGCUACCCAACGUCAUAUUCAAGCACUUCAAAUCACAAUAAUCAAACUUUCCCAUCGCCAAUUGAUUUUGCUUCUGACUUAUCUCGUGACGAAAAUAGAAAUGUAAAGCCUCCUCAUUCUUAUGCAACAAUGAUUACUCAGGCAAUUCUAUCGACAAAAGAAGGUAUCAUAUCUCUAGCAGAUAUUUAUAAGUAUAUCUCAACAAAUUAUGCUUAUUAUAGGUUUGCUAAAACAGGUUGGCAAAAUUCUAUUAGACACAAUCUGUCGUUAAAUAAGGCAUUUGAAAAAGUCCCAAGAAAACCAGAUGAGCCUGGUAAAGGUAUGAAAUGGAGAAUCAGCGAGUCAUACACACAAGAUUUUAUGAACAAAUGGAAUUCUGGAAAAGUAUCAAAAAUAAGACGUGGUUCAUCAGUUGCAAGACAGCUUCAAUUACACAUGUCAAAGUACAGCAAAUUGCCUUCUCCAAAUGAUCCUGCUGUAGAUCAGCCAAGUAAUUAUAAUCAUAUCUCAUCUAAAAAGAACACUGGAUCUAAUAAUGGUUAUGUGUACUCAAAUUUAAAUCCUUCGCAGCAACAAUACCAACAACCAAAUCCUACAACACGAUUACAAGCUCAACCAACCGUUGAUUUACAAAGACAUCAUCAGCAUAGUCAAAAUCAAUCUUCCUCAUCAUCAGCUUCCUCUGUACCGGAUGGAUUCCCAAAUACAUUAUUAUUGCCGCCACAACCUGCGACUUCAGUGGGUUCAAGUCAUAACCCGACUAAUAGCGCUCUAGUUUCCUUUAAUAAUGCAUCAAAUCCUAGCAUCACAAGAACUCCACAAUUGCCGUCCCUUUCUAACCAUAUUUCUACAAAUUCGACGUCUUCAUUAUUACCUCCUUCUACUUCUACAUCAAAUCCAAACCACCCUUCAUUUUCUGUAUCAAUGAAUCAUUUAUCUCCUUCAGGAAGUAACCUAAUGCAGUCACCAAGUAAAACUUUCCAUGUAACACCGAUGGAAGCAUAUACGCCGGAGAGAGGAUCUACAAAUCAUUUAAGGUCUCCAUCGCAAAAUACAUUAAGUGGAGGCCAAUCUUUAGGCACACUUGGGAAUGGAAUUUUAUCAAACAGCAAGAUUAAUAAUAGUAUUAAUAUGUUAGGGAACGACAAAAAUUUACUGUCGACUAGUAUUUUGAACCCGCCAACAAGUGCCAAGUCAAGUAAUGACCGUAGUUCUCCAAAUGUUUGGAACUUGCUUCAAUUUAACUCUGCAACAAAUACCCCUGCUUCUUCUAUGAAGAGAAGAAUUUCUUCAGAAAAUGAAGCCAAUGAUAAUGAAAACCAUAAUAACGACGGUAAAGGCGAUGUUUCUCCCUCAAAGGCGGCACGUCAACUACCUACCAAGGAAUUAAUUUUGGAAACCGAUGGUGCUAAAAUUUCCAUGGUUAAUGAAUGA